AUGCCCAAGAACAAGGGAAAAGGAGGAAAGAACCGCAGACGUGGAAAGAACGAGUCUGACCACGAGAAGCGUGAGCUCACCUUCAAGGAGGAUGGCCAAGAAUACGCCCAAGUCGUAAAGAUGCUCGGCAACGGCCGCCUCGAAGCCCAGUGCUUCGACGGCGUCAAGCGCCUCGCCAACAUCCGCGGCAAGCUCCGCAAGAAGGUCUGGAUCAACCAGGGCGACAUCAUCCUCCUCUCCCUGCGCGAGUACCAGGACGACAAGGGCGACGUCAUCCUAAAGUACACCGCCGACGAGGCCCGCUCCCUCAAGGCCUACGGCGAGCUCCCCGAGUCCGCCAAGAUCAACGAGACGGACACCUACGGCGCCGACGGCGACGGCGACUGCAACUUUGAGUUCGACGACGACCGCGACUCGGAGGAGAGCGAGGACGAGGGCGCCGCUGGUGGCGCCGGCAAGAAGGAGGUCGACAUUGAUGACAUUUAA